AUGUCUGAUCAAGACGUUAAUACUAGUAAAUACAGUAAAUUAAGAAGUAUGUACAAAUACUAUAUUGACUCAUUUGCUUUACUGUAUCAGUUAAAAACCACCAAUGAAGAUGAAUUGAACGUGAUUUACAAAAUGAUUAAAAUGGAUUUGAUCGAAUCAAAGAAACAUCUUCCACAAAAUAUUAUAAAAGAUAUAUUAAAUAUUAUUCAAUAUAAUAACAUCUCUACUAAAUCAUAUUUGAUUCUUGCAAAGCUCAUUGCUGAUAAUUAUCAUGUAACAGAGGUCAGAGAUAUUUCACCUCUUUCUAACUUCCUGUUUUAUAAAGAAUAUGGAAUUAAAUUAGAUAUUUAUAAUGACUUUGAAGACAUGGAUUUAGUAAAUCUAGAUCUUCAUUCAGAAAGUUCACUUUACAGAGCAAUUUUGCAUGACGACAAAGAUUUUUUCAUUUUCUGCACGGAAUCCGAAGGUUUUGAUGAAAAUCAGGAACUUACAAACGGAUUAUAUCCACACUAUUAUAAAAGAUUUUCAUUCCUUGAAUUAUGUUGUUACCAUGGAGCAGUUGAUUGUUUCAAAAUAUUAAGAACUAAAUUUGAGGCAGAAAUAACUCAAGAAUGUCUGGAAUUUUCAUUUUUGGGAAGAAAUAAAGAGAUUAUGAGUGAAUGUUUGAAAUAUCAAAAACCAAAUGAAGAAUGCAUGAUAAAUGCAAUUAUUUCACACAACAUUGAUUUUGUUACAUUCUUGUGGAAUGAAUACAAUAUGGAGAUCAAUUUAUAUGCCUGUGGUGAAUUUAAUAAUAUUGAAGCAUUUUUAGUUUAUUUCGAUCAAACUAAUGAUAUUAACAAAUGCUUUUUUUAUUCACCGAUGUUUGAUAUUUCCUCUCUUUGCGAAUAUUUCCUUUCACUUGGUGCUGAUGUCAAUACUAAAAAUGAAAAUGGUGAAAUAGUCUUUCAUUAUACUUCAUUGAGAAAUUGUAAAGAAAUAAUCGAAUUGCUUCUUUCGCAUGGUGCAGAUAUCAAUUCAAUGGAUGAACGCGGAGCAACAGCUCUUCAUUAUGCAGUACUAGAUAAUAAUAAAGAAUCAAUUCAACUUCUUCUUUCAUGCGGUGCAAACAUCAAUCAAAAAGACGAAGAUGGAGAAAGUGUUCUCCAUCAAGCAGUAUUUGAUGAUAAUAAAGAAAUAACCGAGUUUCUUGUUUCACUCGGAGCAAAUAUCAAUCAAAAAAAUAAUGAUGGAAAAACAGCUCUUCAUUUUGCAGCAGAAAAUGAUAACAAAGAAAUAGCCGAAAUACUUCUUUUGCACGGUGCAAACAUUAAUGCAAAGGAUAUAUAUGGAAAUACAGCUCUUCAUAUUGCGGUAGAAAAUAAUAGUAAAGAAACAGCCAAAAUUCUUCUUUUGCACGGCGCAGAUAUCAAUGAAAAAAAUGAUAAUGGACAAACCGCUCUUCAUAUUGCCGUAGAUAAUAAUACGAAAAAAAUAACUGAAAUUCUUCUUUUGCACGGAGCAAACAUCAAUGAAAAAGAUAAAAUGGAGAAAACUCCUCUUCAAAUUGCAACAGAAAAUGAUAGAAAAAAGAUAGUCAAAUUACUUCUUUUACACAGUGCAAAUAUCAAUUAA